CCAGCCCCGCGGUCCGGGCCGAGCCCGAGCACACCCGGUGAGGGAAGCACGGCCCAGGCUCCCACCUGAAGAUUGGCCCAGUCCUCAGGUUUCACUCAUGACCCUGUGACAUCAGCGGCAGCAGCUGUCCCCGCCGGCCGGCCCCCCGGCCAAGUCCCCCAGAGUCCCAGCCCCAGCCCGAGGUGGGCACGGCGCUCCAGGCUCGGCCGCAAGCACUCCGCUCCUGUCCAGCGGCCGACGCCGCACAGUUCUGGAGCUUGGGCCCAGGAAGCGGUGGAGGGCACUGGGGCAUUGGCCCCAAGUCCCCAGCACCGAAGAGGACCUGGUGGGUUUGCUGUGGGUCCCAAGGGCAGCCAACCCCCUGCUGGGGAGAGUGUGGUGCAGGCCCGGGGGUGAUGCUCUUGUGUCCAGCACCCAGGCCCUGCAGGCACAGCUCCCAGUCCCGACAGGCCUUGCGCGCUGACCACCCCGGCCUGGCCCCGGGGCAGGCAGGAGGUGAGUAGCAGACAGCAGGCCCAGGGCGGGGGAGCCGCCAAGCACCCGGGGGGCGGCACACUGCAGCCGCCCCGGCGACCCGCCACCCUCCCAGCCGCCGAGCCCAGGAUGCGAGAAUGGCCAGCUCAUCUCUGCCCACCCUGGUGCCUCUGGGCCCUGAGAGCCUGCGCCCCUUCACCCGGGAGUCCCUGGCAGCCAUAGAGCGGCGGGUGCAGGAGGAGGAGGCCCGGCAGCAGCGGAACAAGCAGAUGGAGAUCGAGGAGUCUGAAAGAAAGCCGCGCAGCGACCUGGAGGCCGGCAAGAACCUGCCCCUCAUCUACGGGGACCCCCCACCGGAGGUCAUCGGCAUCCCCCUGGAGGACCUGGACCCCUACUACAGCGACAAGAAGACCUUCAUCGUCCUUAACAAGGGCAAGGCCAUCUUCCGCUUCUCUGCUACGCCCGCCCUCUACAUGCUGAGCCCCUUCAGCAUCAUCAGACGCUGCGCCAUCAAAGUGCUCAUCCACUCGCUGUUCAGCAUGUUCAUCAUGAUCACCAUCCUGACCAACUGUGUGUUCAUGACCAUGAGCAACCCGCCUUCCUGGUCCAAGCACGUGGAGUACACAUUCACGGGGAUCUAUACCUUUGAGUCCCUCAUCAAGAUGCUGGCCCGGGGCUUCUGCAUUGACAACUUCACAUUCCUCCGGGACCCCUGGAACUGGCUGGACUUCAGCGUCAUCACCAUGGCGUACCUGACGGAGUUUGUGGACUUGGGCAACAUCUCAGCCCUGAGAACCUUCCGGGUGCUGCGGGCCCUGAAAACCAUCACGGUCAUCCCAGGGCUGAAGACGAUUGUGGGGGCCCUGAUCCAGUCCGUGAAAAAGCUGUCGGACGUGAUGAUCCUCACCGUCUUCUGCCUGAGUGUCUUUGCGCUGGUGGGGCUGCAGCUCUUCAUGGGAAACCUGAGGCAGAAGUGCGUGCGCUGGCCCCCGCCCUUCAAUGACACCAACACCACGUGGUACGGCAACGACACGUGGAACGGCAACGACACGUGGAACGGCAACAACACGUGGAACGGCAAUGACGCGUGGAACGGCAAUGACACGUGGAACGGCAAUGGCACGUGGAACAGCCAUGAGAGCUGGGCCAGCAACUCGACCUUUGACUGGGAUGCCUACAUCAGUGACGAAGGGAACUUCUAUUUCCUGGAGGGUGCCAAUGACGCCCUGCUCUGUGGGAACAGCAGCGAUGCUGGGCACUGCCCCGAGGGUUACGAGUGUAUCAAGGCUGGGCGGAACCCCAACUACGGCUACACCAGCUACGACACGUUCAGCUGGGCCUUCCUGGCCCUCUUCCGCCUCAUGACCCAGGACUACUGGGAGAACCUCUUCCAGCUGACCCUUCGAGCUGCUGGCAAGACCUACAUGAUCUUCUUCGUGGUCAUCAUUUUCCUGGGCUCCUUCUACCUCAUUAACCUGAUCCUGGCGGUAGUGGCCAUGGCGUAUGCAGAGCAGAACGAGGCCACCCUGGCCGAGGAUCAGGAGAAAGAAGAAGAGUUUCAGCAGAUGCUGGAGAAAUUCAAAAAGCAGCAGGAGGAGCUGGGGAAGGCCAAGCCUGCCCAGGCUCUGGAAGGCGGGGAGGCAGAUGGGGACCCAGCCCACGGCAAAGACUGCAACGGCAGCCUAGACACAUCGCUGGGGGAGAAGGGGCCUCCCCGGCAGAGCUGCAGUGCAGACAGCGCUAUCUCAGACGCUAUGGAAGAGCUGGAAGAGGCCCACCAGAAGUGCCCACCGUGGUGGUACAAGUGUGCCCACAAAGUGCUCAUAUGGAACUGCUGCACCCCAUGGAUGAAGUUCAAGAGCAUCAUCCACCUGAUUGUCAUGGACCCCUUCGUGGACUUGGGCAUUACCAUCUGCAUUGUGCUCAACACCCUCUUCAUGGCCAUGGAGCAUUACCCCAUGACAGAGCACUUUGACAACGUGCUCACUGUGGGCAACCUGGUCUUCACCGGCAUCUUCACAGCAGAGAUGGUACUGAAGCUCAUCGCCAUGGACCCCUACGAGUACUUCCAGCAGGGCUGGAACAUCUUCGACAGUAUCAUCGUCACCCUCAGCCUGGUGGAACUGGGCCUGGCCAACGUGCAAGGGCUGUCCGUGCUCCGCUCCUUCCGACUGCUGCGGGUCUUCAAGCUGGCCAAGUCGUGGCCAACGCUGAACAUGCUCAUCAAGAUCAUCGGCAACUCGGUGGGCGCUCUGGGCAACCUGACGCUGGUGCUGGCCAUCAUCGUGUUCAUCUUCGCCGUCGUGGGCAUGCAGCUGUUUGGCAAGAGCUACAAGGAGUGCGUGUGCAAGAUCGCGGCCGACUGCAGCCUGCCCCGUUGGCACAUGCACGACUUCUUCCACUCCUUCCUCAUCGUCUUCCGCAUCCUGUGUGGGGAGUGGAUCGAGACCAUGUGGGACUGCAUGGAGGUGGCCGGCCAGGCCAUGUGCCUCACAGUCUUCCUCAUGGUCAUGGUCAUCGGCAACCUAGUGGUCCUGAACCUCUUCCUGGCCCUGCUGUUGAGCUCCUUCAGUGCCGACAGCCUGGCCACCUCAGAUGAGGAUGGCGAGAUGAACAACCUGCAGAUCGCCAUUGGGCGCAUCAAGUGGGGCAUUGGCUUUGCCAAAGCCUUUCUCCUGGGACUGCUGCACGGCAAGAUCCUGAGCCCCAGGGAAAUUAUGCUCAGCCUUGGGGAGCCCGGGGAGCCCGGGGAGGCCGGGGAGAGCGCCCCAGAGGACGAGAAGAAGGAGCCGCCGCCCGAUGAGGGCGACAAGGACCUGAAGAAGGACAAUCACAUCCUGAACCACGUGGGCCUGGUUGACGGCUCUCCCCCCAGCAUCGAGCUGGACCACCUCAACUUCAUCAAUAACCCCUACCUGACCAUUCACGUGCCCAUCGCCUCCGAGGAGUCCGACCUGGAGAUGCCAACGGAGGAGGAGACCGACACUUUCUCAGAGCCUGAGGAUGGCAAGAAGCCACCGCAGCGCCUCGAUGGGAACUCCUCCGUCUGCAGUACCGCCGACUAUAAGCCCCCUGAGGAGGACCCCGAGGAGCAGGCUGAAGAGAACCCCGAUGGGGAGCAGCCUGAGGAGUGCUUUACGGAGGCCUGCGUGCAACGCUGCCCUAUCCUCUACGUGGACAUCUCCCAGGGCCGUGGGAAGAUGUGGUGGACACUCCGCAGGGCCUGCUUCAAGAUUGUCGAGCACAAUUGGUUCGAGACCUUCAUCGUGUUCAUGAUCCUGCUCAGCAGCGGAGCCUUGGCCUUCGAGGACAUCUACAUCGAGCAGCGGCGAGUCAUCCGCACCAUCCUGGAGUACGCGGACAAGGUCUUCACCUACAUCUUCAUCCUGGAGAUGCUGCUCAAGUGGGUGGCCUACGGCUUCAAGGUGUACUUCACCAAUGCCUGGUGCUGGCUCGAUUUCCUCAUUGUGGAUGUCUCCAUCAUCAGUCUGGUGGCCAACUGGCUGGGCUACUCGGAGCUGGGUCCCAUCAAAUCCCUGCGGACGCUGCGGGCCCUGCGUCCCCUGAGGGCGCUGUCCCGAUUUGAGGGCAUGAGGGUGGUAGUGAAUGCCCUCUUGGGAGCCAUCCCCUCCAUCAUGAAUGUGCUGCUUGUCUGCCUCAUCUUCUGGCUCAUCUUCAGCAUCAUGGGUGUCAACCUGUUCGCCGGCAAGUUCUACUACUGCAUCAAUACCACCACCUCUGAGAGGUUUGACAUCUCCGAGGUCAACAACAAGUCCGAGUGUGAGAACCUGAUGCACACAGGCCAGGUCCGCUGGCUCAACGUCAAAGUCAACUAUGACAACGUGGGUCUAGGCUACCUCUCCCUCCUGCAGGUGGCCACCUUCAAGGGCUGGAUGGACAUCAUGUAUGCGGCCGUGGACUCCCGGGAGAAGGAAGAACAGCCCCAGUAUGAGGUGAACAUCUACAUGUACCUCUAUUUUGUCAUCUUCAUCAUCUUUGGGUCCUUCUUCACCCUCAACCUCUUUAUCGGCGUCAUUAUCGACAACUUCAACCAGCAGAAGAAGAAGUUCGGAGGGAAAGACAUCUUCAUGACGGAGGAACAGAAGAAAUACUACAAUGCCAUGAAGAAGCUUGGCUCCAAGAAGCCUCAGAAGCCAAUUCCCCGGCCCCAGAACAAGCUCCAGGGCAUGGUGUACGACUGCGUGACCAAGCAGGCAUUCGACAUCACGAUCAUGAUCCUGAUCUGCCUCAACAUGGUCACCAUGAUGGUGGAGACGGACGACCAGAGUCAACUCAAAGUGGACAUCCUGUACAACAUCAAUAUGGUCUUCAUCAUCAUCUUCACCGGCGAGUGCAUGCUCAAGAUGCUCGCCCUGCGCCAAUAUUACUUCACCGUCGGCUGGAACAUCUUCGACUUCGUGGUCGUCAUCCUGUCCAUCGUGGGCCUCGCGCUCUCCGAUCUGAUCCAGAAAUACUUCGUGUCCCCCACACUGUUCCGAGUGAUCCGCCUGGCCCGGAUUGGGCGUGUCCUGCGGCUGAUCCGUGGGGCCAAGGGCAUCCGGACUCUGCUCUUCGCCCUCAUGAUGUCCCUGCCGGCCCUCUUCAACAUCGGCCUCCUCCUCUUCCUGGUCAUGUUUAUCUACUCCAUCUUCGGCAUGUCCAACUUUGCCUACGUCAAGAAGGAGUCGGGCAUCGAUGACAUGUUCAACUUUGAGACUUUUGGCAAUAGCAUCAUCUGCCUCUUCGAGAUCACCACGUCGGCUGGCUGGGACGGGCUCCUCAACCCGAUCCUCAACAGCGGGCCCCCCGACUGUGACCCGACACUCGAGAACCCGGGCACCAGCGUCAGGGGUGACUGUGGCAACCCCUCCAUCGGCAUCUGCUUCUUCUGCAGCUACAUCAUCAUCUCCUUCCUCAUCGUGGUCAACAUGUACAUCGCCAUCAUCCUGGAGAACUUCAAUGUGGCCACCGAGGAGAGCAGCGAGCCCCUCGGCGAGGACGACUUCGAGAUGUUCUACGAGACAUGGGAGAAGUUCGACCCCGACGCCACGCAGUUCAUUGCCUACAGCCGCCUCUCAGACUUCGUGGACACCCUGCAGGAGCCGCUGAGGAUCGCCAAGCCCAACAAGAUCAAGCUCAUCACGCUGGACCUGCCCAUGGUGCCGGGGGACAAAAUCCACUGCCUGGACAUCCUCUUUGCCCUCACCAAGGAGGUCCUGGGCGACUCUGGGGAAAUGGACGCUCUCAAGGAGACCAUGGAGGAGAAGUUCAUGGCCGCCAACCCCUCCAAGGUCUCCUACGAGCCCAUCACCACCACCCUCAAGAGGAAGCACGAGGAGGUGUGUGCCAUCAAGAUCCAGAGGGCCUAUCGCCAGCACCUGCUCAAGCGCACGGUGAAGCAGGCGUCCUACAUGUACCGUCACAGCCAGGACGGUAGUGGGGACAGUGGCCCAGAGAAGGAGGGCCUGAUCGCCACCACCAUGAGCAAGAUGUACGGCCACGGGAAUGGGAACAGCGGCGUGCCGAGCACGGGUGAGGAAAGGGGCUGGACAGGGGACACCGGACCUGCCAUUGGGUUCACGCCCAUGAGCCCCUCGGAUGCUGCCCUCCCUCCCUCCCCACCCCUGGGGCAGACAGUGCGCCCGGGGGUCAAAGAGUCUCUUGUCUAGUAGCAGCAGCGAGGUAGCCAGCUGAGCCUGGCACAGCCCCCCAAAACUCACUCAUGGUACCUGCUUGCUGAGGGAGCAGGCUUUGAGUCUACCGCUGACCGGCUCCCUGUCGGGGACAGGUUGUGGCCACGCUGGGGCUGACACCCAGGCCAUGGAAAAUGGGAAUUGCCCUCGGAGGCUCCACCCUGGGCCUGAGGCUCCCCCCACCUCCCCCCUGCUUCCCUGGUUUCUCACUUCAAGUUGCUCUCACCCCCUCACGGGCCUCUCCUCUUGGGGGAGGUUGGAACACCAGAGAUCUCUGCCCCCCACGCGGGGGAGGAGCCAGCCUACAGUGGAGGGAUGAGCUGUCGUCUUGCCACCAGAGUCUUAAGGGCUACAGGCCCCCCCAGGCCUCUCCCGGAUAAAGAUGUCUUAACUCAGUGAGAGCGGACACCUGACCCAGGGCCUGCCAAGCCUCCCCUGACUGGGAUACAGCUUCGUCCUGCCAGCCCACGAAUUUCCUGGAGAAGAGAAACGUCACUGGUCCACAAGUGGCUCCCCGAGUCCGAUUGGCCACUGGAUCCUGAUGCAUCUGGCGGGGCUUGUGGCCCCUGAAACCACAUCCCGCUUUGUCCAUUGUGCAGCCCCUGGCUCCCUGGCUGGCCCCUGGGGGAAGAGCUGGAGGGAGGAGUCCACUCAAGAACCAUCUUCUUCUAGGAAGCAUGGCGGGUUGAUAGAGGUGGGGUCCCGCCAGCCGCAUCACUGCACAGGAGGCUUCCUUGGCCAGAGCGCCCAGACCUGGGGCGGGGGCAGGGACCCUGGAGCUCAGGAGGUAGAUUUCCCCGAUCAGCACCACAGGGCUCUCUGUAGCCUCACCCAGCCUCAUCCCCCACCACACCCAUCUCUUCCUCCCUCCUCAUCCUUCUCUCCCCCUCCUCAAAGUGGUCCCAAGAGUGUUGUCGCCGAGCCCAUGUUAGACAUUUCAACCCUGGGACAUGCACAGCUCACCUGGCUCCGGUCCCGCUGCCUGGCACGCCAGGCAGCAUCUUUGUUGGUACCACUGGUCUGGGUGUGGCCGUGCCAGGCCUCUUCUGUCGCUCAGAGAACGGACGGAGGCCGAGCCCAGAGGGGGCAGUGAGACACCUGCUCAGGCGUCACUGGAUUUACUCACGUGCGCGUGUGCCUUGUGUCUGCUUCACGCCUGUGUGUACAGCUGCGUGUGUGCUCAAGCCCACGAAGCACUGUGUCCCGCCUGUGUGUGUGUGUAUUGUGUCAAUGUGCCUCUGUAGUCUGGUGUGUGUGUGUGUGUGUGUCCUAGGCAAGUGUGCCUGUGCUGUGUGGAUGAGUGUGAACGUGUCUGGUAAGGCUUGCACGUUGAGUCCCCGUUGCCCUUAGUUCCUCUUCUCUCUCUUGUUUCUUGUGAACAGUUUGAUUAAAACUCAGGAAGCAGCGAAACCUCCAAAACAACGUGGGUGUGUGGGUGUGGGUGUGUGUGGGUGUGUGCCUGUGUGCGUGCGUGUGCCCACAGGCUGGAGCCUUCCUUUCUGUCUGCCCUACUCUCUGGCCUCCUUGCCACCCAUUGUCCCUUCUUCCUAUUCCGUUCAUCACACCCAUUGCCCCAGCCCCACUCCCCGUCUCUUGCCUGUGUCCUCCGUGGAAAGGAGGCCCUACUCCUUCUACCUUCCUGCAACCGUCUGUCUCUUGCUUCAGAAGAUGCGCCCUAGAGAGGGCAGCCUCCUCCCUGACCAGCACCCUGCCCCCUGCCCUUCCCUCAAACUGGGGCCCCAAACUGGGGUGGCCCAAAGAGCCUCUGCAUCUGUUGGACUGGAUACUCACCACUGGACUUCAUACAGACUGCAGAGCCUCCCCUGCCUAUGGCCCCCUCCCCUGCACACCCACACCCAUUCCCACUCUGUCUGGGUGGGAACAGACCCAAGCCAGGCUGGCAGGCAGGCUCCUUUGUACAGUUCUUAUAAUAAACCUUCCCCGCCCACCCCCCUCCCCGGGUGCCUCUCAUGUGCAGGCUUCUUCCUUCUGCACCUCCUUGUGUGGACGUUGACAGGGUCUGAGGGCUGCUAGAAGCAAGAAGGGCUGGUGGGGAUUGGAGCCAAAUGGGGAAGACUUGGGGGACCUCAGGGUGGGUAGAGGGCAAGAUAAGGAGGGCCCCAACUCCCUUUCUGGCCCAGUCCAGCUCUCUCCUGCCCCCCCCCUCCAAAAGGAGACUUGGGUUUUGAAAAUUAAUAAAGGGAAGCCUCACUAAAACGGAGUUGGGAGGUUCAGCUGGGGGAGCUGUCAGGCUCCACCGCUCCUCAUCAAUUGCAGACCCAAGAGGAGGAGGUGGACCUUGCAGUGGCUACCACUUUACUAUCUGGCAGGGAGAGGAAAGGCUUUCCUCCUGCCCUGGCAACAGCCCAGCCAAUGAGAGACACUCAGAACUCAGCCAAUGAGAAGCCACCACACUCCCUACUCCCACUUUCCUCCAAUAGACUUUGUGUUUACAACAGCCUUCCCAAAGUCCCCCUUUCCUCUAUAAAGGAGCCGGUUCUCCCCUU